CAUAUAAAAUAAUAAGCUUCAUAUCAGAUUUUUUAUAUCUGUAGUGUACAAAAAAUUUUCCUAAGUCGGAUAACUCACCCUUUGCCUUGGACGAGUGACUCGAGGAUGGUACCCCUCCUUCCCUUCGUUGAGGAGCAGGGAUGGUGCCCCUCCGUCUAACUCCUCCAUCUAACUCGAUGCGGAUCUUAAAGCGGACAACCUCCGUCUCCUCUCCCUUCUUCGUGCGCCCGGAUCGUAAAGCGGACACGUGAAAUCCGACGGUACAGCGCGCAACCCCCUCCCUUCCACGUGUGCCGCCUGGACUCUUCCCCCUCUCCUCCCCCCAGGCCCCAGCCAUCCUUCCUCAGUAGCAAGCGAUGUCGUUGAGACAAAUCCAGAGGAGGAGCGCCGCCCUCCUCCGCGACGGCGGCCUCCUCCAGGCGCUGCGCGCCGAGCUCAACCACGAGCUCUCCUCCUCCCCUCCUCAGUCCCAGAACCAUCAAGUUGGGAGCUCGGUCAUGGGUUUCAAAUGGGAGUGGGACGAUCCCCGGGCCCAGGACGUGGUCCUUCGACGGCAUGGCGAUGCCGAAGGCGAGGAAAUUGCGGUGUCGGCGAUGCUUGGCCCUUUGCGGUUCGAUGGAGAGCACGCGCUGCCAAGGAAUGCUCGGAUGAAGGUUUGCAUCAAGAAGACUGGACUUGAACCUGUCUUCCAUUUUGAUUGCAGCAUCUUUCGUCGACAAGAUGAGGAGUUGGUGGACGGUUUUGGGUACGGUAGUUCCGAUUUUACUGUCAAAGGGGCUUAUUACCAUCCGUCAGUUGAUUGUUUGGGAGUUUACAAGUAUAGAGGACCGAGAUUCAGCUCGCUGGACCCUCAGUUACAGAAAGCACUUAAAGAAUACCUCGUAGCCAGGGGGAUUGGCGAAGAACUAACCCAUUUUCUUAUUGAACACUUGCACAGAAAGGAACAUGGCCAGUAUGUGAAUUGGUUACGUACUCUGGAAGGUGCAUUUGCUAAGGAUGCUUGACAUAUGACCUUUAUUAAAAAGGAAACAUAGACAACCUUACAGGAGAUACUGCCAUACAAUUCGUACCAUCUGAUGAGAAAUUUGCACUCUGAUUGGAGGAUUUUGAAGAAUGAUAUUUCAAAAAAAUAUAUGGAUUUAAAGGACUCCUAUUGUCUGUGCAAAAGAACAAAGAAAUGGAAUUUCUUUUGGCUUCUUUUAUGCAUGAAAAAUAUCAGGAUUUCAAGGACUCCUAUUGUCUAUCUUUUGUAUAUGAUUUUUUUGUGUUUUGUGCAGGUGUGGAUGUGAAUGAUUUUGAAGAGUCAUAUUUCAAAAAUAAAAAAAAGAUUUGAGGCA